AUGCUUGAAGUCAUGAGAAUCUUGCGGCGUGGGGACGGAAAGGGAGUAAUUUGGGACAAAACAACUGAGCCCGCUGGUAAAGGUUUUGAAGGACGAGAUGAGAACGGCAUGCUCGUUGUAGACUCAAUAACCCAAAAACGGAAACGCACCAAGGCCUGUAACGACCACUCUCAGAAGUUGAAGAAGGCCAAACCUCAGAAAGGCCCGAGUAAGGCAGAAGCAUUUGGAAAAGUAAAGGAAGAAGAAACGAUCUCUUCCCAGUUCACCAUAUCCUUAUCUGGCCAUUAUUCCCCCAGCUUCAGCUCCUCUGGUAGCUUUUCUUGCUUCCAGCUUGAUUCACCACCCUCGCCCUUCCCAUCUACCAAUGGAACCACUGAGGUCGUGGCUAUGGUACCAUUGCGCAAAAGGGAACGAACCUCGACCGCUGCGUCAGGGAAAGGAAAAAUGAGAGCCAAGGUGUCCAAAAUUAAACGAGAGGCAGAUUCAGACGAAGAGACAGCAUCGAUGUCUGUGGAAGGAUCAAAAUAUUUCCAUGCUAGCGAUAUGCUUUUCGGGAGAACAGGGGUUGCUGGUCUUGGAGAAGCUGCGGAAAAGGAAAAUGUGCCAGGGUUCCUGAGCUUAGGUAAGGAGGUAGCUGGUCAAAAUAUGGCCCUAAAAUUUAAGGUUCUAGAAAGUGCGACAGCGAGCUCUGCGUCAUCAUUUGGAUACUGUUUUUCCUGGCCUAAUAAUGGAGCGUCUUUCUAUUAUAACGCCGGGGACCACCAGAUUCAAAGCUCUGAUACCCCAGCCAGUGCUGCAGUGUAUCCUACGAGUCUUUGGGGUAGCUGGGCAACGAAGAAUGUGAUUGAUACCGACACCUGGCGCCCUGAUUACCCCCAGCAAAUCUCCCAAAGGGGAACCAACCUUUCCGUCUCAACACAAAGUGCUGAAGUACGAGAAUUCACUGGAAAUCAUGUCGAAAAUUCAGCUGCUGUUACUGAAGAGCAUGGCAUGCUCGUGAUGGAAGAGGAAAAUUAUAUCAACAUCAACAAUUCGGGCGUCUCCUUGGGCGCUUCGGGCUCAUCAAUGAUCUCACAGAAUGACGUUUCUGGAGCUUAUGGUCAACCCCAUCAAGUUCACCUGUUUGGUCUUCCUGCUGAGCCGAUACCCGAGCCACAAUAUACUGAUUGGCUGUACUCAUAUAUGCUAAAUGAUUCGUUAGUUCCUAUGGAAUAA